AUGGAGAACGAGAUCAAGCAGGCUACACGACUCCUCCAAGCACAACGGGCGGCGGAUCGGGACGAGCAGCGACUCUCAUGGAUCCGGAACCGCUUCUCAUCGCAGGCUGGCAGCGAGUUCACCACCCGCGAAGUCAACAAGGUUCUCGCCGAGGUCGUCGAGGCAGAUGGCUCGGUCGGCGUGGUCAAGGCCCUGCUGGCUCUCGGGGCCGACGUCAACUAUGUCCGGCGGCGCCACUCCACCACGUGGAACAAGCUGACGCAGCGCAAUGACCCGCGCGAGAGGAGCAAUGUCCUCCUACGGGCCACGAUGCGCUGCCGUCCCGAGACCGUCCGCGCCCUUGCUGCGCGCGCCGACCAAGCCAACCUGGACGGUGUUCUUCACCACGCAAUAGCAAGGGGCAACCUGGCUGUUCUGGCCGCGCUGCUCGAGCACGGCGCGAGCCCGGUUCACCUGCACGACGACUUCCAGGAGAUCGUUUACCACAACCGAGUGGACCUCCUCAGGGUCCUGCUGUCCGGCCACCACUUGCCUUGUUUAGCCUGCCGUUCGACGGGGCUCCGCAUUGCCGUUGAGCACCGGUCGCUGGAGGUGAUGCGCCUCCUCCUUGACCAUUGGGCCGAUGUCAAUUACGGAGACGCCAUUGCUCUCACAAGGGCUGUGGAACUCUCUCGCCCCGACCUUGUUGCCCUCCUGUUGUCUGGCCCCGUCCAGCCUUCGUCUCGCUCGCUCGAUUCUGCCGUGGGCAAGGUUCGACAAUUGUUGGAGAUGCGAAACACCACCUCGGACCACGAGAUUCUCGAGUUAUGUUUGUCGGCAGGGGCUACUGGCCCCGAGACGCUGCGCCUGAUAACCGAAGGCCUGGUCGAGUUCGUGAAGCGGCGCCAGACGCCUCUUGUGGGUACCAUCUUGCGGUACAAGAGACCGCCGGGCCAGUACGAAGCGGCUGCGCUGAUCGAAGCCAUCCGUGCCGAGCAGCUGGAUGUCGUUGCGAAGCUGCUCGAGUUCAGCCCGUCCCAGACGAGCCUCGCAAUCGCCAUCUCGCAGACGGUCAGCGUCGGCAGCCCGCAGUUUCGGUACGAGGCAACUCGGCUUCUGAUCGAAUCUGGAGCUCGGGGUCCCUGCGCCGCCGAGGCCUUGGUCAAGACGGUCCACUGCCUUGUGGCCGACCUGCGACGCGGCGACAAGUUGAGCAUCGAGCGGGACAUGAGACUAUUCUACCUGCUCCUCCACGAAGGGAACGCAGAAAUAAAUUUCGAGAAGGGAGAGGCUCUGCAGAUAGCCGUGCGUUCCGCAUGUGUCGACGUUGCUGAGGAGAUAAUCGCCAAGGGCCCCUCCCCUGACUCGCUCGGCGCAGCGCUCGCCUGGGCAAUGGAUGUGCAGGACCGGCAGAAGAAACAGCGGCUGGUCGAGUUGCUGGUACGGCGACACGUCAAUGAAGAUGCCGCCGGUAAGGCACUCGUGGCCGCCUUUACGUCGGAGCCGGAUAAUGUGGCGCUCAUCGAGCUGCUUCUUACCCGUGCGUCUGUGAACUACAAUAACGGGGAGGUCUUUAUCUACGCCGUUCGAAACUUCCGGCUCGAGACCUUCCACCUUCUUCUCGGGCAAGGGAUCGAUUACAAGGCGCUGUUCACGGCUAUCCUGGAGGCGUUGAAGACUUCGAAGCUGGAACGAAGGACCCUGUUCGGAGAACUGCUGAGCCGGUUGCAACUCGAUCACCUGAACACAGCGCUCAAGUAUGUGGUCUUGGAAGAAGAGACGGACCUGGUUCUGGCGAGGAUGCUGCUCGACUCCGGGGCCGAGGCAGCCCACGAGGAUGGGUUGUGCGUAAAGCAUGCUGCCACCGCUCUCAACCGAGAUCUGCUCCGUCUGCUGUCCGACUACGUGGGCCACGAUGGGAAUGUCUACAGCCAGGCCUUUGCGGCCAUCAUCAACCGCGACAAACGCUGGCUUGCCUUCGAGCAUCUGGAGCUGAUAGACAUCCUUCUUCAGCAUGGCGCAUCGAGGCAUAUGGCUGGAAAGGCCAUGGUCGAGAUCGUCGACCAUCUUGCUUGCCAACGAGCGCAAUCCGACCUGGCGGAGGCGUUCCUACGCAAGUUGUUUGCCGCUGGCGUGGACGUCAACUACGAGAAUGGGAAGGCCAUCAGCAUCGCCGCCAGCAGAGGAGACCCUUGGCUCCUGUCCCUCUUGUUGGCCAACGGCGCCACCUCUUCCUCGGCCACCCUUGCACUCACCGCUGCAAUCAUGGCACAUCACACGGAGGAGCUGCUCCUGGAGCUCAUCGCUCUCUUCUCAGACCCACGUUCUGCCAUCCCCGACUUCGAUAGAUCCAUCCCAGGCAUGCCACCGCCAAUCCUCAUGUGCCUCAAGUCGUAUGGCCACUCCGUUGCCGUCUUGGACGGUCUCGUCAAGGCCGGGUGCCGGAUAGAGACAACCGUUCCGAUGCAGGUUCUCUCCGGCGCUACUAGAGACAGGGGCGACCGGAGAGUCAGCUCGGAGCCGGAAGCAGCAUCCGUCCUGAUGUGGACCUUGCUCCAAGAAGAAGGGCUCAUCAGUCCUGCAGUCAUCAGAGCGUUGGUUCAGCAUGGUGCCAAUAUGUCGUAUGCGACACCGAUAUCCCGGACCACGCCACUGCUGCUGGCAGUGAAGUCGGGGCGACUUGAUAUUGUCCAGCUGCUCCUAGACUCCGGCGCAAAGGCCUCCACAAAAGACGCGUUAGGUCACUCUGCGCUUUUCUAUGCUUCUCGGGCCGGAAAUACGGACCUGGUACGGCUUUUACUGAAGAGCAAGCCUGUCGUGAAUGACGGGAGCCUCCACGAAGCCUCCCGGGGCUUCCAUGUACAAACGAUGGAACUUCUUCUCGAAGCCGGCCAUGACCCGAACUACCGGUCGAUAAAGCACGCAGGACGGACGGCCCUGGGCGAAAUCGCUCUGAACGCCAUUCCCCCGACUGAUGUUGCGACUGCAGAAGAAGCUUUGGAUCUCCUCUCGUCCGUCGAUGCCAGUCCCCUUCUGAAGGUCCACGGCAAAACAGUCAUCUUCCUCGCACUCGACAACCAGCACAACGAAUCUAUCACGCGGUUGCUGCUUGACCGGAUGCUCUACCGAACGCUAAACAGCCAUGAAAAUACGUACCAGCAAGGUCUUCUCCAUUACUCACCCACCAUGUAUGUCUCCAAGGGCAUCCUCCUCGGACCCGGCUCGGAGACGCUCCUGCAGCUCCUAAAGGCCCACGGCUGCGAAGACCGCUUCUAUGCUAGCAUGGAGGAAACCCAACCGCCUGACGCAGUUGGCCUCCCGGAGGAGAUCCGGGACUACGAACGGGAUCGUCGCGCGCGCGAACGGCAAAACCGCCUCGUCGAAGAGGACCACGCCAACACAAUCCGCCGCGAGCGCGAGAAGGCCAUCGCCGUUGCCCAGCUCGAGGACGACAAGCACCACCGUUCCAUCCAGCACCGCGAAGACCUCUCCCAGCAGCAACGCAGGCACCGCGGCCUCGAGCACCACCAAGCCAUCCUGAUGGACGCCGAGAAGCACCACAGCGAUGCGCAGAUCCAGAUGAGCCACGCCAACGUCCAGUCCACCCUCCGCUGGCAGCGCCACAACGACGACCUCGCCAUGAUCUCCCAGAAGCGGCACGCCGAUCUAUCGCACCGGCAGCAGGCCCACCAGCAGCGCCUCGACCAGCGCCGCGACAAGGCGGCGCAGGACCACGUCGACCGAGACCUCGGCCAUGCGCGGAGCCUCGCCAACAUGCGCGACGCGCACCGCCAGCGGUCGCAGGAGCGAGAGGACCGCCACGCGCAGCAGCUGUCGUACGAGAACCGCAAGAUGAUGCAGGAGUACGAACUGAUGUGGCGGGCGAAGCAGCUCGAGAAGGAGGGCCGGCACGAGCAGCUGGCGGCGGGGCGGGAGAGGCACGGUAUGAAGAUGACGGAGCUGCGGACGCAGAGGGGUAAUAUCAUUGGGCAGGUGAACCUGGAGGAGCUGAGGCGGUGGCAGGAGAGCGAGAGGAGUAAGGGGAUGACGAUGAUGAAUCUGGGCCAGGUGCGGGUGCAAGGGAGACUAGGUAUGUUGACAUGA